AUGGCAUCGUGGGAUCCUUCAAAGAACAAGACAUAUCAAAUUCUCAAAGCUGCCGAAGAUGGCCAAUAUGGCGUGGUCGCGCCCAUCGCCUACAACAUCGAGAACAUUCUCGCUUUUAUCCGCGCCGCUGAAGCAAAGAAGAGCCCUCUAAUCAUCCAAGUAUUCCCAUGGGCCAUCACCUUCUCAUCAGGGCUCCUCGUCCAUGCGGCAGCGCAUGCGGCCCGCGCCGCCUCAGUACCUGUUGCCAUUCACCUCGACCACGCACAGGAUGAAGCCAUGAUCCGACACGCGGCGGAUACAUUGCCGUUUGACAGUAUCAUGGUGGACAUGAGCCACUACGAGAUGGAUGAGAACUUGGCCAAGACAAAGGAGCUGGUGGCUUAUUGCCAUGAGAGAGGUAUCGCGACCGAGGCUGAGCCAGGGCGUAUUGAGGGCGGCGAGGAUGGUAUCGCGGAUACGGCGGACCUUGAGGGGGCUUUGACGACGGAAGAGCAGGUGGAGGACUUCAUCGCUACUGGUAUCGACUUUUUGGCACCGGCAUUUGGUAAUGUGCAUGGUGAGUAUGGCGCCAGGGGACCCGUGUUGGAGUUUGACCGGCUGCAAAAGAUUCGCGAAAAGGUGGAUGGAAGAGUUCGGGUCGUACUUCACGGAACUAAUGACUUCCCCGAGGACCUGAUGCAGCGCUGUAUUGCUGGUGGCGUCUCCAAGGUCAAUGUGAACAAGCUUGUGCUUGAUGACUACUUGGUUCAUCUGAAAAAGAACGCCCCGAGUCAGAAUCUGACAACGUUGAUGGAAGAAGGGGUCAAGGAAGCCCAGAAGUUAACGGAGUGGCAGAUGGACGUGUGUAAGUCGACCGGCAAGGCAUGA